AUGGCUUCUCCAAUCGAAAAAAGCCCUUCCUUCGUCAAGAGGCAGCAUAUCCAGGAUCACGCCCAAGCAACAAAUUUGAAGGCAUAUUGGGGAUACGCAGAUCGAGUCGUGCCGUGCGUGAACGAUGCGGGGAGCUGCGAUUAUCUAGAGGUUGUAUACAAUGCCCACGAGCAAGGUAUGCUCUUCGUUGGCAUCAUGUGGAUUGUCUUCGGGGGACUUUUACUCGCCUACGGGAUUGGUAGACGUUUAGUCCCAGCAAGACGAGCAUUCUCACCCGGAAGCCACCACAGUGAGGAACUCCCACAACGGCAAUCAUUCUUCCACCGAGCCGCUACUUCAACCUCAGCAAUGGUUCGUCGGUACCUCCUCCCGGAAGCUCCUCUGCGAUCAAUCUUUGGCCGCACCACACGCUUGCAAGUCACCAUUCUGGCAUUCCUCAUCGGCUACCUGACCAUCUUUACUUUCGUUGGGUUUCGAUACGAGAAAUGGGUGACUCCAGUGAAGGCUUCGCCCGGGGUUUACAACACUCGCACUUCGAUCGGGCCAUGGUCUGAUCGUAUUGGUGUCAUGGCAUAUGCUAUCAUCCCAUUCUCCGUCAUGUUGGCCACUCGCGAGUCGUUGCUGUCUUUGGUCACGGGGAUCCCUUAUCAGAAUUUCAUGUUCAUCCAUCGUUGGAUGGGAUAUAUCAUCUAUCUUCAAUCCGCGCUACAUACUCUUGGAUGGACUCUCGUCGAGGCCAAGCUAUACCAGCCACAACCCAAGGUAUGGAAUCACUGGAUUGCACAGACAUACGCCAUCUGGGGUGUCGUCGCCAUGGCUCUGAUCACCCUCAUGGUGGUCUUCUCCCUCCCCCCUGUCAUCCGAUGGAUGGGCUACGAGACGUUCCGCAAAGUACAUUAUGUCAUGGCAAUGCUCUUCAUCGGCGCUUGCUAUGGUCACUGGAAGAACCUAGGCGUCUUCAUGAUCGCUGCUCUACUCGUAUGGUUUACCGAUCGGUUCUUCCGACUUGCACGUACCUUUUUGAUGCACUACGACUUUCUCCCCGAGAGCACAUCUGCCAUGCACUUCCAGGCCGCCAAUGCGAAACUCACGCAUUUCCCCGACCCUAUCAAUGGCGAUGUUGUGCGGAUGGAUUUCCUGCACAAUCAUGCUCCAUGGCAAGUUGGCCAGCACUUUUACCUCUGCUUUCCUGAAUCCUCAAUGUGGCAGUCACAUCCAUUCACGCCGUUGAGUUUGCCAGGCUUGACAAAAGGUGGCCAGCAGCAUUCGUACGUCUUCAGGGCGAAAGGUGGUGAAACGAAGAAGAUUGCACAGAUCGCGUUGAACAAGAUCUCCGCGGCGAUGUCUACAACUCCAUCUUCGACAGAGAAGCUCGGCGAGUCGUCAUCAAGACAGCCGCUCACAGCUGAUGCCAUGACUCCCACAGUCAAGGUCAUUCUAACUGGACCUUAUGGUACGAAUCAUGUUGAGGAAUUUGACAGAUCACCUGGUCUCAAUGUGCUGCUCAUUGCAGGCGGAACUGGAAUCACAUUCGUUCUACCUGUGCUUUACCACUUAAUGGCAGCACCCACUCCUCGCAGCUCUUCAGACCGAAAGAUCGAGCUUAUCUGGGCCGUGAGACAGCACGACGACACCGCAUGGGUCCGCUCGGAACUUGACACCUUACGCGCCGCUAGCAAACGUAUGGGGUUGGUGAUCCGCAUCUUUGUCACAAGGGAGGWUGGAAGCGACGACGAAAUCCAGCAGCAACCAUCGAUCGAGAAGCUCACGGACGAGGGAAUCCAGACUACUCCUUGCUCCGACGACUCUUCAUCAGGGACAAGCUCGAGUAUACGAAAGCGUGGCCAGCAAAAGCGUUUUACGGAAUCUGCUCUCAAUUCUCGUCCGUCGGUUCCUUCACUGGUUCAAUCUUUUGUUCAAGACACCGUUCGUGGCCCUACGGUCGUCUAUGCAUCUGGUCCACCGAGUAUGAUUACAGAUGUACGGAGUUGUGUUGCAGCGCAAAAUUCAGCGGGGAAAAUUUGGUCGGGUGACGAGAGAGCGCGAGUGGAUUUGAUUGCGGAUGAUCGAAUAGAAUGA